CUUGUGUUGCGUGGUGGAGCUUAAAAGAACAUCGCUCACAACAAUAGUAUUGAGAAUUCUCCCAGAACACACUAGUUAUAGUGGCAAAUGUGCUGUCCUUUAUUUCGGCUCAGUGCCAUAUAAGACUGAAGCCUCUAGAUUGGCCAAACUAAUGUCGACAGCAAAACAGGGGAGCUAGAACUGUCGGCAAUAGAGGAUUCUCAACGGUUGGAGAAGUGACAGCGGAUGUGAAAACUGCGAGGUUGUAAGGUCCAACAGCAGUAGCCAGCCGGGGCUAGCCGAGCGUUUCCUGGCUUUGAUGCGACCCGAUUGUGCGUGGAGCAUGUCCACAGCGGGCCUGACUGCCCAGGAGAUCUGUUUACCCACAGACAGCCCCUUCCUGCGGGCCAGUCACUGUCUCAGCAUGGCUGGAGCCAAGCCCUCAUGGAGCCACCACCAUGAGCUGGACAAUUUGUACUUCAGUAUGGAUGCAGCACCCACGGAAUACAACUUUCAGUUUCAGCAGCAGGUGCCACCAUCGCUCAAUUCUGAGAGACACAAACAUAGCCCUGGUGCACAGCGGUUACCCUCAAAGAAGUCCCGUCCCACCCAUCUGUCCCUGUCAUCCAGUGCUGAGCCCUCCACCACUAGCCCUGCUGAGGAUGACCAGGUGGUCCCGUCCUUCCAGAGGUUGUCUGUGUACGAACGCUGCAGUCCCCCAAACACACCUAGCCGGGGGGCCAAGCCCCUGCCCCCUCUCCCUGGGCGGGGAGACCUUUCCCCUGACCAGGCCAUGGACAAUGAGGUAGAGUUCUUCACCAGUUCAGAUGACAGCCGUUGCUUGGUUCCUGAGCAGUGUCCCCCUAAACCCUCUGCCUCCCGCUACGGAGCCCCCAGCCGCAGGAGCUUCAGGCACUGUGGACAGAUUAACUAUGCCUACUUUGAGGGGCCAGUGGGGCAGCAGAGACCACUGGAACGGCAGGAGCAGCAGCGGAUACAGGCACAGCAGCGACAACAGGAGCAGCAACAAAGAUUGGAGCAGGUAGAGCAACAGCCAUCGGAGCAACCAGUGUGUCCCAGACAGCAGGACCGAGCCCAGAGGAAGCUGCGACGCUCUCAUUCCGGCCCUGCUGGCUCCUUCAACAAGCCCACGUUGCUGCGCCUGCCCUGUCACCACCGCCACACUCAGGGCAUGGACAAACCAGAGGUGCCCCCCCGCGUGCCCAUCCCGCCACGACCCAUCAAGACUGCAGACUACCGCCGCUGGUCAGCCGAGGUGUCCUCUGGGGCCUACAGUGACGAGGACAAGCCCCCCAAGGUUCCCCCCAGGGACCCUUUGUUGUCUCAAGGCAGCUCCCGUACCCCAAGCCCCAAGAGCCUCCCCUCGUACCUCAACGGUGUUAUGCCUCCCACGCAGAGCUUUGCCCCAGACCCUAAGUACGUGAGGCGGGGUUUACAGAGGCAGAACAGCGAGGGGUCUCCCUGCAUCCUGCCAGUCAUGGAGAAUGGCAUGAAGGCCAGCACCACACACUACUUCCUGCUUCCACAGAGGCCUGCCUACCUAGACAAACCUUACCUGGAGAAGUUCAUCCGGGAUAUGGACUGCCCGGCAGGUCGCAGUAGAGGGGCUUCAGACCCAGAGUGGGAUUGUCAGACCAGGAGGAAAGCACAGGUGGAUUUAGUUUGAGCUGGAGGAGAGAAGUUAGGGAAAGACUCCACUGGACAUGAGCAAACAACCUCUGGGCACAAAGUGCCUCAGGACACUGAAGCCUUCAAACGUUUACUGCUGCUUUAACACUGACGACGUUGGUAGUUUUACCUCAGUAUUCUAAAAACAUAGGGUUUUUGACAUACCAUUUAGAGUUACUGGGACAUUUGAAAUUGCAAUCAAAACACAUGAGCUAAACGUUGUCUAACUAUUGUGUGUGUGGGGGGGUGAUAUUUAACAAUUUUGGAGUGAUUAUUUUUUAUAUGAUUUGCCAGUACAUUGAGUAAAUGUUUUGCUGAUACAGUGGUUCAGUUUUAGGGUAUAAGCAGGACUUGUGCCUCAUGUUCUCAGUGUUGUGUGUCUCACAGGUAGAGGACAUUUUGUGAGGGUGUGUGUGUGUGUGUGUGUGUGUGUGUGUGUGUGUGUGUGUAUAUUGUGUUUUGAUAUUGCUUGUGUGUCUCAGAACUUAGGGACAAAGGGUCAGUAAAGCAAUUAUUAUCUUGUGUUGCAUCCAUGAAGUCUAAAGAGCCCAAUGUAUUUAAACACUUUAAAUGAAGGAUUCUCCACCUACAUCCCCACCCUAACUCCUAUUUUGUAUAAGCAUGAAAAUGGGAAUGCACAUGUCCUGCCUUGUUGAUAUUUCAGUCUUAAUCAGGCCACUAUAUUUAUGGAUGGCAGUGUGUUUCUGUUUCCCUCACUGGAUGUACAACUCUGUACCAGUGGGGGGAGUGGAAUAUUGGUAUGCAUGUAUCCAAUGGAAUGUCUAGUGCAGCUUGUACUUUGUUAAGCAUGUGUGUACGUGGUGCAAGUGUUUGUUUUCUCUGCUGUUUUUGUGUGACUUUUCUACCAUAUUGUAGAAAAUUAGGUUAACAAUAUUUGUUACUGUUCUCUGCCUGUUUUCAUCACUGCUUCCAAAUACAUGGUUGCAAAGUGUAUCCUCCCUAACCCCUAUAUUACUUUCAUUCUCCAGAAUUUUUGUUGCACAAUGUUCCUGUUGAACAUAUGAUUUUCUCAACUGAAUUGUAUCAAACUGUGGGGAGCUCAGUAGUUGGUCAAGCUGUGAGUCAAUGUGUGGAACUAACUGCCUUCAAUACAACCUCCCAGAAUACAAAUCAACAUAUUACUCAACAUUUUGUGGACUGUAAUCCUAAAAGAAUUAGAAUUGAAGAAUAAAAAUUAUAACUGAAACAUUGCCAAAUAUUUCUCAAUCCCUUAUGACAAUCAAAACCACUACUUCACUCAGUCAAUUUACCACGUUUUAGAAUUUGAAACACAAUCAGACCUUUCAUUAUAUAUACACAAGUGAUCAUGGAUCACAAAUGUUGGGCACACGUGAAUACAUAGACCUAUAUUAUGCAGACUGCGUCAGGCUUACCUACUUGACAGACUUUCCUGUUCUGCUCGUGCAUUCCUGCCUGACAUGAUUGCCGUGGGUGUAGUCCAGAGACUUUGGCUGCUGGCGGCCAGGAAACAAUAUAGAUUUUAUUGUUAUAGAUUAUUCAAGAACCAUCGUGAUGACAUAGUAAAUGUAGCAAGUGUGUGGAAGUAAUCCUCGACAUAAAACAUGGUGUUCCAAUCCAUAUCAGAUUAGCUCUAAAGUCAAAUGGUCACUUCAGUAUAUUUUCCCUCCAGGGCAACGUGAAGAGAAACCUAGCAGAGGCCAUGUUUUUAUAUUUAAUGUAUAAGAAAUUGUUUACAUAGUACACUGUUAUUUAACCUUAACCUAUUACCAUGUCUUAUCGGAAACAAUGAAAUCAAAUGAAGACUUUAGUUAAUUGAGAAUUGACAUUAUCUGCUGUGGUGAAACUAAUGCACUGGAAGUAAAGAACCCUAUGCUGUGUCAGUAUUUAACAUAAUUCCAGUUGUCAUUAUGAAUAGUUGAUCAAUGUAUCAGUCUUUUAAAGGAGAAAAUAAAAUGACUUAUUUAUGAA